AUGCCUUCCGACGAGGUCGCGGCGGAGACGAAGCUUCAACGCAAGAGAGCACGCGAUCGUCGUGCGCAGCGUCUCGCGCGGGAGAGGACCAAAGCGCGCGUCGCCUCGCUGGAGUCUCUGGUGCAGGAUAUUGUGCAGAGCGACACCGACGGAAGCAAUGCUGUGCUCCUCCGCGAGGUGGCAAUGGUGAAGGAGCAGCGCGAUCAGUAUGCAACGGCGCUGCAGCACAUCGCCAAAUUCGUGGCCUCGCACCUCGCUUCGCAGACCACUCCCGCCGUUUCGGGCGCGCAGUGCCACAUUCUCGAAGACUUGCUUCCAUCACCCACCCCGGUUGGUGCGUCAGUAUCCCUACGCCCGCCGAGCCCAUGCGACCAACGUGCCGAGCACUGCAUUGGGAUCCACGACAGCUGCCAUGCUUCACAGCCGACUCCCGAGCACAAUGGCAGCACACUGCUAGACAUACCCGCCCUGGACCCGCUGGCCGAGCUGACCUCGAUUGAUGGACCAAGAGACUCAUGCCUCAUCGCUGCACAAGGCGACACUGCACAUGAGCCGACGGAUGCCGGGACGCUGGCGACACAUGAGUCUUCGAUGCAGACGGAAGCCUCGAUUGCCACCUGUCAUUGUGAGCCGGCACAGGAUCUGCCCGAUCGUGCACCGGAGAAUCGCUGGCGUAGAGUGAAAGAGAGCCUGGCGAAAAGCACACAAGUCGAGUUGCACAAGGGACUCCUCGCCGAGGCCAUCGACGAUGACAUCCCAGUGCGUGCUGUGCUGGAAGGCUGGCACGCGGCGGAGAAGUUUUGGGGUUUGACCGAACUUACACUGCUGUGGCAGAUCUUACGUGGGAUGGACGAGGCCAUAUUUGCGCGCGACAGUGGCCCCGUGGAACGAAUCGCAUGCCUUCGAAUCGUGUACCACCGCCUUGUCUUCCUCUGCGAAUCACGGCCAGGUAGGAACGCAAGUCUGCCCUCCUGGUAUUUUCCAAGGCCUGGCGUGCGUGAGCGAUUCGUGAUCCAUCAGCAUCGGUAUUGCUCCAAUUCCUAUUGGGAGACCUUCGCCCGCCAAUUGCGAUUUUUAUGGCCAUACUCGCAACGGGACUGCUACUUGACGCUCGGGGAUGCGUACAAAAUCUCACCGUUCUUCGACAAAUCUGUUGGCGACAUCAAACGAUGGACGUUGGAUUCCGAUUUUUUCUCUGUCUAUCCAGAGCUGUCAAGCGACAUACCCAUGUACAAUGGUGUGCCGCGGAGUCUGUCAAUAGUCCAGCCGCAGAAGGCGAGAGCGUGGAGAGACGGCCAGGAGAGGUUGGGAAGCAUACGAUCGCAUGCUGCCUCAACGACCUACAGUAACAGCAGCGCGUCGAUGCGUGGUGUGGAGACUGAUCUGUGGUUCGAUACGAACAGCGAUAUUGGCUUCAAUGCUACGAUAUUUGACCCUACCUGGGAACUUCCUACAAUCUGA